UGACGCUAUAAAAACGGUGCUUCGCCAAAGAGAAAUUUAAAGCUUACAACUCAACAGUGAAAUUAAGCUGAAAUACUUCAUUUGACUAAAGAAGCGCGAUCAAAAACUGAAAAAUGGAUCCUUGUGAAUGCUCUAAAACUGGCUCUUGCAACUGCGGUGGAUCCUGCAAGUGCUCAAACUGCGCAUGCACCAGUUGUAAGAAAAGUUGCUGCCCCUGCUGUCCUUCCGACUGCAGUAAAUGUGCUUCAGGCUGUGUGUGCAAGGGCAAGACCUGCGACACCAGCUGUUGUCAGUGAGGCCUGGUGCAUUACUGUGACAAUGCAGUCAUUCCCUACGAAAUUGGUUGUACCAUCUUGAGCCUAGACUUAGUACUUUGUUAAAUGUAAGAAAAUAAAUUCCAUUAAACUUCAAGUUUGACUUUAAUUUGGGUUACUGGGGGUGGGUAACAACACAAUGUUUAGUAACCUGGUGUCUACAUGUUUCUUGAUUCCCUUCCAAAUAAAAGUGGGUGGUUUGCUUAGUUAACCAUCAGUUUCCAUUUAA